UUUUACCUUGUCAGGUUCCUUGCAGGGACAAUUCAUAAACCUGGUAUGGCGAGCAGUUGUAAGUAUGCACUCUUCACGACUAUGCCACCACGGCUGCCUGCCAUGGAUAUGUUUCCUAAAAGCGUCUGGGUUAACCGGCGACGCCCUGUUGCAAGCCCGUAUAGACAAAAUUCCCGGGGCCGAUUGUACGCGGCACCAAACGAUGGCAAACGCCCAAUCUCCACUUGGCCGCCGAGCACCCCAUCCUUCUGGGCCUUUCCCACAUCGCUGUAGCCGAGCAUCGACUGACCACGGUUAAUUGUGUGAAAAGGAAGUGAAGAAGACGACGACGACGAAGAGCAGGGGAUAGAAGGCUACAGGACCUGAAUAUGGCAAUAACAAAUUCAGCACAAGACAUGAUUACCGGAUCUGAAAUCCCGCUGCCGGAUUCUAUCAUCGUUGUUGGGGGCGGGGUGUUUGGAUUGUCCACCGCCCUCGCCCUCUCCGCCCGCCACUCCGGGAAAAUCACACUCAUCGACUCUUCACCGACGAUCCCAAACCCCCAGGGCUCCUCCGUAGAUAGCUCCCGCAUUGUGCGUGCGGACUAUGCCAUUGAGGCCUACACUACUUUGGCAGAGUCGGCUCUUGAAAAAUGGCGCACAACAGACUGGGGUCAGGAAGGUCGAUAUACGCAGAAUGGCCUCGUUCUGGUGUCAUCCGGUGAUCAGUUCGGCAGGGAAUAUGUGCGGGAGAGCUACGAAAAUGUCAAAUCUAUAAAUCCCGAUGUUGUUGAGAAGCUGCCUACGAGAAAGGAUGUUGAACGGGUAGCACCAGGCUACGGAGCUGGCCUUCACGUCUCGGGGGGAUAUGUGAAUUGGGGAUCUGGAUGGGCCGACGCAGAGGCGUCGGUGAGGUUCGCUAAAAAGAAAAUUGACGAGAUGGGCAAGGUGGAGUUUCAUACCGGAAGAGUCAAACGGAUACUAUCAACACCAAAUCCAGGUGAUGGCCAGAGAGGAGCUAAAAGAGCAGCUGUUGCUCCCUUCGUACGGGCAAAAGUCACCGGUGUUGAAUUGGCUGAUGGCACCACCAUCACAGCUGAUCUAGUCAUAUUAGCUACGGGGGCGUGGACGGGCCGUCUAGUCGACCUCCGCGGCAAAGUUGAAGCGACAGGCCAAGCACUUGCCUAUAUACGUAUUUCCGAUGAAGAGCAAGCGAAGCUCGCAGACAUGCCUACUGUCAUAAACUUUUCGACGGGCAUGUUCAUCAUCCCGCCGCGCAACAACAUGCUGAAAAUAGCGAGACAUGCAUACGGCUACCGGAACCCCAAGCGCGUGUCAGUUCCCGGCCCUAGCCAAACAGAGACGACGAUCGAGGUCAGUCUUCCUGAGGCAGACGUCCCACUCCCAGAGGAGGGACAGGCCGCAUGCAGAGCUGCGCUGAGGGAAAUGCUGCCGGCGUUUGCGGAUCGGCCAUUUGAAAAGACGCGUGUGUGCUGGUAUUCGGAUACACCCAAAGGCGAUUUCAUAAUCGACCACCACCCGCAUUACGCCGGCCUCUUCGUCGCAACCGGCUGCAGCGGCCAUGGUUUCAAGUUCCUUCCAGUACUUGGUGAGAAAAUCGUCGAUGCUGUCCAGGGUCGCUUGGAUCAUGACUUACGGGAACUGUGGCGUUGGCCUGGCGCCAUUGGCGGUGCGGAAGGUGAUGAUGAUCCUGAGACUGCUACCGUUGUGUGGACGGAGGACGGGAGCAGGUCCGGUCCAAAGGGGUUGAUUCUGAUGGACGAGUUGGCUAAGGGGAAGAAGAGGGUGAGCAAAUUGUAGGUGGUAUGUAGGUAGGUUUUCCUGAUGUUUUUGUAUACUUGUUUUGGUUUUAUUUGGGCUUUAUAUCUAUGCCUUAUCGACUUUUGUUAUGCGUUCGUUGGUUGCUGUUAUUGCCUUGACUUCUCCUCUCUUUGGCGCCUGAAAUGAAGUGCAUGAAUCAAGCAGACUGUGGUUGAAGGGUGAUUAUAGAGCAUGAGGAUGUUAUACUGUAGAAUGUAGGUGGUAGUAGGUGGGUCUCCAUUUGAUUGGUAGAUAUAAAUAUAUGUUAUUUAUUAACUUGAGUGGAUGUUGCACCUUGGAUGGGAUGUUUGGGAUAGGAACAGCCAGCGUAGUGAAAGGGCCAGGAAAACAAGAACAAAAUAAAAUCAGUCUUGACACAAGGCGCGUGUGGAUAGACAUGGAUGGGAUGGAUGGAUAUAUAUGCGUAGGGAUACAUAGCCUAUCUACCAGAAAGCCCUCAAAAGUUUAACAAUUAGAUAGAUCUUAGACAUGUCACUAAAUCUAACGAUUCAAAUAGUUAACAAAAGGAGACGUAAAAUUUUCAAAUCAUCCACCAUAUUAGUUGAUUUAUUCAUAUUCUCCAG